GGCUCCUGUCUGAGGUUUGUUUACUAUGGCUCAGCUGGAGUCAGAUGAGCCGCGGUGGCCGCAGUCUCUUCCUGCGGGCGUGCUGGUCCUCACACGCCUCCACGCCCGCUGUCUUCCACGCCCCACUCACGCCUCAAGCGAUUGUAUAUGACUUCUGUUUGCGGACGUCGACUAUGAAACUGAGGCGAGUAUGGGGACGGUACCGCGAGAGGAUACUUGUGACAGUCCUGAUAGCCCUUGUUGUCAUCAUAAUGGCUCCUCCCAAACGCCUACAUGACAUGGUGAAAAGAGAGGAUGGCAGUGUGUUGGUGAUAGAUGGGGUAAGAAAGAGGGACUACAAUGACUAUAAAUACCUGAAGGACGAAGUUCUACAAACUGGCCCAGGUGAAAAUGGAGUUGCUGCUUCUCUUUCCCCGGGGUUGGAUAAGGAGAAAGAAGAUCUCUACAAGGUGAAUGGCUUUAAUGCUCGCCUCUCUGAUGACAUCGCUCUAAAUCGUUCUCUCAAAGACAUUCGCCAUCCAAAGUGCAAAAAGAAACUGUACUUGGCAGAGCUUCCCACGGCAGCAGUGGUAGUGCCUUUCCACAAUGAACACUGGUCCACUCUUCUUCGCACUGCAUUCUCAGCCUACAACCGCUCUCCAAAGCACCUUCUAAAGGAAAUCAUUCUGGUUGAUGAUGCUAGCACAAAAGAUUUCCUUGGGAAGAAACUGGACAAAUAUUUAGCUGAACACUUACCCAUUGCUCGUGUGGUUCGCCUUCCUUCUCGUUGGGGUUUAAUUCGUGCCAGAUUGGAAGGAGCAAAACAUGCAACAGCAGAUGUACUCAUUUUCCUUGAUUCUCACACAGAGUGUACAACUAACUGGCUACCUCCAUUAUUAGAACCAAUUGCAAAUAAUUAUAAGACUGCAGUUUGUCCUUUCAUCGAUGUGGUUGAUUUUGAAACAUUUGAGUACCGGGCUCAGGAUGAAGGACGUCGCGGUGCCUUUGACUGGGAAUUUUACUACAAGAGAUUGCCAGUGUUGCCAGAGGAUGAGGCUAACAUGCCUGAACCCUUCAAGAGUCCAGUCAUGGCUGGUGGAUUGUUUGCAAUAAGCUCCAAGUUCUUUUGGGAACUGGGUGGGUAUGACCCAGGUCUGGACAUUUGGGGAGGAGAACAGUACGAGUUGUCUUUCAAAGUAUGGCAGUGCCAUGGCACUAUGGUUGAUGCUCCAUGCUCCAGGAUUGGACAUAUAUAUCGCAAAUUUGCCCCUUUCCCAAACCCUCGAAAAGACAACUUUAUAGCUAGGAACUAUCGUCGUGUGGCAGAAGUGUGGAUGGAUGACUAUAAAAAGUUUCUAUAUAUGAGACAACCUGGAUGGCUGGAGGUGGACACUGGAGAUAUCAGUGAGCAACUGGCUGUACGGGAACGAAACAAGUGUAAACCUUUCAAAUGGUUUAUGGAUAAUGUGGCUUUUGAUCUGGCUAAACACUACCCUCUUAUUGAGCCACCAGACUACUGCAAUGGAACAAUCCAGAGUCUUGCAGACCCGAGACUAUGUGUGGAUACAGAGAUGAAAGGACAGUUCGACCGAUUGGACUCACUCGGAGAAUGUGGACCCAGUUCACAGUAUCAGUUUCAGCUUACAGCUUUCAAAGAUAUACGUCCCCUCAAGAGCCAUAACUGCUUUGAUGUGCCAGACCUGAAGGGGGAUAAAGCUCCUGUGUUGCUUUAUGGCUGUCAUAAAGGACUUGGUAACCAGAUGUGGAAGUAUGAUAUGAAGAAUCAAAUGAUAAAAUUUGGACACCAAGCCACCCACUGCCUUGAUUCCAGCAUAAGCAACAAGGAAAUUUUUGUGGCCAUCUGUGAUUUCAGCUCAAUGACACAGAAAUGGAAAUGGAGUUUUGUAAAUAAAGAAAGGCUGACCAAUUACGAUAAUCUUGAUCCAAUACCAUAAUAAAAUUUAUAUUUUCUUAUAUAAUGUUUAUAAAUCAUUCCAAGAUUUACAAUUUGACUCAGUGCAUUAAAUAAUAUUGUAAUAACUUAUUUUAUAUAUUAAGGACAUAUGUAGCACACAGUAUUUAUUGAAUAGUAUUGGCUAAUGUAUAGCAGAUUUUACAAAGUUGUAAUCCCUCAUACACUGGAAAAUUAUGUAGUUUUAUACAGUAAUUGGGAAAUAGUACAGUAAUAUUGCAAUUGCUUUUUUAAUUAUUCCUGUGUUUGCCAACUUUUAAAAUUCUAGUAUUUUAACAUAAAGAAAAUAUUUGAAUACAGUACUGUAUAUUGAAUGUACAUAAUAAAAAACGUUAUUCAAUGACUUCAAAAUCCUCUUUUUGUGAUAGUUAUCAAAGAAUUUUUAUUUUAGUGAACUAAUAAAAACUAUAUAAAAAAACAUAUUUUCAUAUAUUGCAGCUGAAAGUAAUGAGUUGCAUUGUUAAUCAGGGACAACACACCUGUUUACAGUAGUGUCUUGAAUUAAUUUCUCAUGCAUAUGGAUAAAAUUAUAUUAAUUAUUAGUGUUUACAGUAGACCUACUGUAAUGCUGUAAUAAAAUUUGUUUCAUGAUUAGGGUAUUUUGUAAAAUAUUAAUUCUUUACCCAUUUCUUAAAAAUCACAUUUAGCAUAUUUGCACAUCUUUUUUGAAAUGCAACAUUUUGGAAGUUUGAUAAUUUGAGAUUUUUUUAAUUUAUGUGUCUGUUACUCAAUUUGUUUGUAUAUGUUUUAGCCAUAUAAUUUUCAUGUGCACAUCUGCAUACAUACAGUGACUCUAUACAGAUGCAUUAUAAAACUCAGUGGUAGUGAAGAGCACAAAGUGCUGACAAUGAUUGUGAGAAAUACAAAGACAAGAUUAGACUACAGUAUUUGUAAAUACCAUCACACUAGCAAAGACCUUAUCAGAUUGUUUGGAGUACAUCAGAAAUACAUUUUGAUACCGAGAUGGAGCAAAGAAAUAUUCAACCGUAGUUUACAAUAUAAUUACAGUAGUUAAUGCUAGUUUGAAUCGUUACUUGUGGAUUUGCUAAAGAAAUGAAGCCUUGACUGUGUAUAGUGAUGUUUUAAUGCUAUUGACAAAGUAUCCACCACUUUAGUAAAUCCAGUUGUUGCUCAUAUGAACUGGGUUUGAUUUAUAGUGAUCUCCAAGAACUAUAUACCAUAUUUGCAUUUCUUAAAAACUAUGUAUCAUAUUUGCCAACAUAAAAAAUGCAGUUAUUUAACAAGGAUAUAUUGUAUAAUUUUUCUUUUUUACUAUGAUCAUUCAUCUUUCUUUUAUUGAAAGUGAUGAUAAGGUGGUUUUGUAGGAGAAAACAUGAUUUUGUACACAUUGAAAUUGAAUUUCAUUGUGCACAGAAUCAUAUGUUUUCUAAUUUGUCCACAUAAAUUAAUAUAUACAGUACUCAAUUGGUGGUGGACCAAAAACAUGAAUCAUAUGUGCUGGAAAAAUUGGUACUUACAUUCCUGAAAGUACAGUUAGAUGAAUACACACUAGUGUUAAUUAAUGAAGGCAAAUUAUGAGCAAAUUAAUUUAAGAAUACAGUAUGACAAAACCCAUAAGAUUAAAGGGAUGAUAACCAAACUUAACAUGUAGAAUUAUAUGACAAAUGUCUCUGGAGCUCAUUCAAAACUCGUAAGAUGCCUGAGAGGUUGGGUAAAAAUUUUACAUGUGGUAACCCUCUCAUAGAAAAGGAGCUUCCAGACAGAAUCGGGCAUAAAAUACUGUAUAUAUAGUGAUUAGAUAGCACUCAUAGUUAUUUUUCUACUUGCUAGUUGGCUAAAUAGAUUUUAAUGUAACUUUUCUGUGAAAAGCUUACAGUACAGUAUUUCAGAAUCUCUGAUUCACAUUAAUACAGGUAUUGAGAUAUAUUACAUGGAAUGAAAUUGCAUAGUUUACUGUAAAAAAAAUUAAAUCAAUGUUAAGUUUUGUCACUGAACAUAGUACAGUAUUGCUUGAAACUUUUAACUGCUUCCCCAUUUUGCAAUUCACUGCUUGUACCAGGGUUCUCGGACAGUAUUUCCUUGUAAUUUGUUGAAGAUCAAUUGUAAUUUUCCAAAAAACAUACAUUACAUAUUUAAACUAUUAUAGUAUCCUCCAGUUAUUAACCCCCUUUCAUCUGAAGAAAGUUACCAAUUUAUGCAAAAAAUGUAAAGUUAGAGAUCAAUAAAUGAGUAUUAUAAAUCAGAAUACAGUAUUUUUGUAUAACUUUAAUAUGUGCAUGUAUUGCAGAUAAUAAUUUGCAUUGCUAUAAUUUGUUUGAUUUCCUUUAAUAAUGUUAAAAUUUUCUACUCUUGAGUCUGUGUAACUCAGUUUAUAUUAUUCAUUCAGGUUAUACUGAAGUAGUUGAAUCACACUUGAAUUGAUUUUAUUGAUGAAGAGUAAAUAUUAAUGAAUAGCCAUCUGAUAUUAAUAACUAUAUAUUUGUGAUACAAUACAGUGCUUUUGUUCAUAUUUAAGAUUGUCAUGUUAUUUUCUUACCUCUGCAUAAACCAUGAUGUAAAAUAAUUCUGAAAUUAUUUAUUAGUACUGUGUGUACAUUGCAGUACAAUAUUUUUUGCAAUGUUUAAAGUAAUUCAUGGAUAUAUGGAGUACAACAUUUGCUAUUUGAUGAACAUUUACUGAAGUUAGGCCCAAGUUUCAUCAAGCACACUUAGGAGAGUUGUUGCUCUUACUUUGAUCAUAGCAGUUUAGUUUGCAUUUAUUAAAAAAUUUGCAAGAGCUCUGAAGCACUUCGAGGUCAUCCUCAACCCAAGGUUAUUACUAUUAUGACACCCUCAUAGUGGUUUGGAGUUUGUGAACAUUGUAAUAAAUGCAUACUAAACUCUCCCAUGUAUUCUUGAUGCACCCUGGCCCUGGGUAUGCAUUUGCUGUAAAGUAUUUAGUGUAGAGAAAUUUAGUUUGUCAAGAUUGGUUGACAGUUUCUUAUACACCAUGAAAAGAAACUUAUCCUUCGCUCUAAUUAGGUUCAUACUUUAUAAUUGCUUUGUUAUUUAUUUCAUAAAAAAAUGAAUAAAAUACUUGAGAUGAAA